GCAUUCUUUACUCUUAGCAAACUUGAGAUGGGUUCUCCUGUAUCUAGGCAACGCAUCACAGUCAACAUUGACCUAGCGAUUGGUGGGGCGGCCCGGCGCGAGGAGCGCAUGCGCACGCUAGGAUUUUGUUGUAGAAGUGGUCCUAGAGAAGCUUUAAAGUUACUGAUCUAGAGAUCACAAUAAGCAGCAGCCAUGCCUGCAGAAGGAACGAAAACUGAUUUGGAGAGGAUUGGCCUCUUCAGUGAGAUGGAAUAUAUUACUGUUGGUGAUAAAUAUGUGUCACCGUAUAAUCGACCAUUUAAUGAUGCUGCAAGCAAAAAUAGACAGAUGCUGCCGGGAGGAUCCAAACAAAUGUCAGAUCUUCAGGCAGGUUAUUUUGAGCCCCAUUUUGCAAGAAUUUUUGAAGGUGAAGGCUACGUAAAUAUGAAUCAAGUGAGGAGACGACAUAUGAUGGAAGAAGCAAAAAAAAAUCUAAGCAAGGCCUUUCUCCCUUCUAAUGGAGAGAAGAAGCUAUGUGGAUUAGGAAGCUACUAUGGGACAAUAGGUGGUCCCGUGGAAUUUUUCAGCGUACAGUCAAAACCUAGAGAAAAAUAUAUAGCACCUGGAAAGAAUUUAUAUACAAGCCCGGGAAAGAAGGGAACUGGCUAUGGCUAUGCAAAUAUUACCAUAGGUAAACAGUUUUCACACUCUUCUGAUUUGUAUGAUGCACCAAGACAUGAUUAUAAGAAAGAGAAUGAAGAACACCACAAAUCACUUAAAGGGUCGCCUUUCAAAUUAAAUCUUUAUCCAAGGGAGUACUUUGAUGCUAAUCCUUAUUUCACUGAGAAAACUUUACCACCAAUUAAAUAUGAAUUGAAGAAAGAAUCGAUUGCACAACCUUUUAAACCUUCUUCUCCUGGUAAAAAGUCUGGUGGAAUGAAAGCAGGAACAUUUGACCCUUACCCUUCACAUUCUGCUGAGCCAUAUGGGUCUACACUGCCAAAGCAAGUUUCCAGCAAAGCUAAGAUUUUCCAUCCACCAGGUGGACCAAAAAGCAGACCGAUUGAAAGUAUAAUGAGUUUGAAUGUCAAAAGGACACUGAAUGUGAAGAACUACAAGACUGCUUCAGUACAAUUAUAUUAGCAUCUGGAAGACAAACACUCUGGAUCCUGAUUACCAGUAAUUCAUUAUCAGGUGCUAAUUAUUUGAAAAAAUACAAGUUGUUGUAGAACUGUGCUCAAGCAUUUAAAGCAAAUCUAAGCCUGCGACUAGAGUACUCUUCCUCAGCUUUCUUUCAUUAACUCCAUUCAAUCAAUGAAUAAAUUCACUUGUUUACUAAUUUAA